CCUGGCAGGACCGCGUAGCUCGCGGGAGGACCAUGGCUUCCCCGGCGCUGGCGGCUGCGCUGGCGGUGGCGGCGGCGGAGGGCCCCAACGCGAGCGGCGCYGGCGACGGGGGCAGCGGCGGGGGCGUCAACGCCUCAGGGGCUAUCUGGGGGCCGCCGCCAGGCCAGUACUCGGCCGGCGCUGUGGCGGGGCUGGCGGCCGUGGUGGGCUUCCUCAUCGUCUUCACCGUAGUGGGCAACGUGCUGGUGGUAAUCGCCGUGCUGACCAGUCGGGCGCUGCGCGCGCCACAGAACCUCUUCCUGGUGUCGCUGGCCUCGGCCGACAUCCUGGUGGCCACGCUGGUUAUGCCCUUCUCGCUGGCCAAUGAGCUCAUGGCCUACUGGUACUUUGGGCAGGUGUGGUGCGGUGUGUACCUGGCACUCGACGUGCUCUUCUGCACCUCGUCCAUCGUGCACCUGUGCGCCAUCAGCCUGGACCGCUACUGGUCAGUGACGCAGGCCGUCGAGUACAACCUGAAGCGCACGCCUCGCCGUGUUAAGGCCACAAUCGUGGCUGUGUGGCUCAUCUCUGCCGUCAUCUCCUUCCCACCGCUGGUCUCCUUCUACCGUCAGCCCGACGGCGCCGCCUACCCUCAGUGCGGCCUCAACGACGAGACCUGGUACAUCCUGUCCUCCUGCAUCGGCUCCUUCUUCGCGCCCUGCCUGAUCAUGGGCCUGGUCUAUGCGCGCAUUUACCGGGUAGCCAAGCUGCGCACGCGCACACUCAGCGAGAAGCGCGCUCCCGCGGGCCCCGACGGCGCAUCUCCGACCACUGAGAACGGGCUGGGCACGGCGGCGGGCGAGAACGGGCACUGCGCACCCCCGCGCGCCGACGUGGAGCCAGAUGAGAGCAGCGCCGCUGAGAGGCGGCGUCGCCGGGGCGCGCUGCGGCGGGGCGGACGGCGGCGCGCGGGCGCCGAGGGGGACGCGGAUGUGCAGGGGCCCGGGACCGCGCCUGCUGACCAGGGCGCCCUGGCGGCAGCCCGGUCCCCGGGUCCUGGCGGGCGCUUGUCGCGCGCCAGCUCGCGCUCCGUCGAGUUCUUCCUGUCGCGCCGGCGACGGGCGCGCAGCAGCGUCUGCCGCCGCAAGGUGGCCCAGGCGCGGGAGAAGCGUUUCACCUUCGUGCUGGCCGUGGUCAUGGGCGUGUUCGUGCUCUGCUGGUUCCCUUUCUUCUUCAGCUACAGUCUGUACGGCAUCUGCCGCGAGGCCUGCCAGCUGCCUGACCCGCUCUUUAAGUUCUUCUUCUGGAUCGGCUACUGCAACAGCUCGCUCAACCCGGUCAUCUACACGGUCUUCAACCAGGACUUCCGGCGCUCCUUCAAGCACAUCCUCUUCCGACGCAGGAGAAGGGGCUUCCGACAGUGACAUGGGGCUGACGGGCCUGCCCUCCUGAUCACUCCUGCGGGGUGUGGGGGCUUCUCCCCAGAGACCCAGGGAUGGACUGGCUUCCAGGGCACAGGGGAGAGAGGGCGCAGCAGGGCGGAAGCUAGACAGAGAGACAGCUGGGCCUCCGGGGAGUGAGAGGGAGAAAGGGGAGACCCUUUGCCUUCCCAUCUCAGCCAGGGGCUGCUUCUGGGGCUCCAGGCCGGAUCCAGGUGCUGGAGCCUUGCCGAGGUCUGAUGUGAG